GGUCUUCAGUUGGGACACCUGGCCCAGGUACCAUCGCGUGCAUCAGGAUGGGAGUGGACAUGAGCGGUGACUGUUCUGAGCAUCAAUCGAUUCUUCUAACGAGUGUAUUUCAAGCCCCAACUGCACACCAGGCCUAGGAGUGUGACGAACGAGGCCACGACACAUACACCUCAGAGGAGGGGGAACCGAGCAGAAAGUUAAGUGGAGAAGGGUGAACGUCACAGCAGACAGGACUGUGCCGGAGGUGCGCGGAGCAGGGACGCCGACCCCGUGUCCGUAUGGAGGGCCCGUGACCCACAGUGGGAGCCGAGGGGUGACAGCGGCCGCACGAGGAAGAGCUGCGGGUCGGCGCCUUCGUUUGUCAACAAGGCUCCCAGCUCUAAGGAGACAGGGCCGAGGGAUGGGACCGGCCACCGCUGAUGCACAGUGACCACGUGAGACUGUGAUUCCCUGUGGGAAGUUCCACGGCCGCCACCCUGUCCCCAGCCCUCCAAAUCGAGCACUUGGGAGAGAAAGUUGAUCGUCACAUGGAUGCAGCACAGGGCGGAUGUCACCGAGUUGGAUUCGGAGGACCAAGUCUUAGGAGAGAGAAGAGGGUCCUUUGGCAGAAUGUGGAAAGAAUUCAACACACGCCGAAGUUAGAGUCAAAAGGAAAGUUUGUUAGAAAAGGGGUGACACCCCACAGACAGUGUGUGCCCCUCUCAGAGGCAGAGCGAGAGAGACCAAGGGAGACUGGGAAGGGGGUGAGUAGGGGCUGUGAGGGACCCAGGGCAGUCAGGGAGCGCGGUUUAUAUGUCAUCCUUUAGUUCCCGUUCCCUUGGAGAUGGACAUACAGGGACGGAGGAAGGUGGGUAUGGAGCCCCAGGGGCCUGCCGGCUGCUCCCAGCCUGCAGGCCAUAGGUUCCCCGUGGCCUUAGCCAUGGGGAAUGAACGCUUUCAUUUGUGUAGGGCAGACACUCAGAGACUCUUGUCCCUGUGUCCCCUUCCACGGGUGUGGGGAAUGGGCUGUCAGCAUCCCAGCAGAGAUCGGCCCGCAGAUGUCCCCGGGGCCUGGCUGCGGGUGAUCAGCACGUGGCAGUCCCUGAGGGCGGCUUGAUCAACAUUUUGUUCUCUUGCCUGCUCCCUGCAUUAACGUCACGUUCAUUCAUUCGUUCACUGGGUGCGAUGAGAGAAAAUGCCACCCAGGGCAGGUCGCGAAGGAGGGAGGAGCCCCUCCCCCCGCGGGCGGGCCUUCCCUGUCCCUUGUCAUGGUACGGCCUCGUGAGCACCCAGCGUGUGGAGUUCUGACAUUCCUGAGACUCGAGUCAUAGUCUAUAACCCUCCUCCGGGACGGGCGUUUUCUUCUCUGCUCUCAGGCUCCCACGGGUUCAGCCGGGAUGGUCUCCCCGAAGGCGGGGGAAGGGCCAAGCUGCCGGAGCCCCUGGCACUGGCGGACCUCGCCACCGCCCUCCUGGGAAAGCACAUGUGGACGCACCGGGCAGGCGUGCGGGCGGAGGGGGCUCUCGGGGUCCGUCCAGACCCUCCACUGUCGCUCUCGCCUGGGAGCACGAGCAGGUGGUGCCGUGGUGUUUGUUUAUUUUUUAUUUUUUAGGAGAUUCAUCACUGCGCAUUAUGAGUCCCCAUUAUUGACUCCGAAAUAAAAACGGGGAAGAGCUUCUGGUCGGGGAAACGCGCAUCCAGGGACUUUGGCCCCUGAGCCCGGCUCUCCUAUGACGACAGCCACACGACAAGAAGUUCUUGGCCUCUACCGCCGAAUUUUCAGGCUUGCGAGGAAGUGGCAGGCGGCAUCCGGGCAGAUGGAAGACACCAUUAAAGAAAAACAGUACAUACUGAACGAAGCCAGGACGCUGUUCCAGAAAAACAAAAACCUCACGGACGCACGCCUGAUCCAGCAGUGCAUAGAGGAGUGCACGGCCAGGAUCGAAAUCGGACUGCACUACCAGAUCCCGUACCCGAGGCCCAUUCAUCUGCCUCCAAUGGGCCUUACCCCACUACGAGGCCGGGGCCUUCGCAACCAGGAAAAGCUGAGGAAGCUUUCCAAACCAGUGUACCUCCAGUCUCACGAUGAGGUUUCCUAGCCCGGAAGGAGGUUGAUUCCCCUGCACGAUGAGCCCACUAGGUCUGCACUAUAAGCCAGAUGACAAAACCCUUCUGCCUGACGAGGGGCAAAAAUUCGAAUAUCUUCUUAAAAACCUCCAAAAUACUGAUUCUCACCGCGUGAUGUGUGCUGUUUGUCAAGGCCUUGCCGCCUGAGCAGACGACACCAGUCCUAGAGGCUGCGGACCGCACAUCCUCCCCAAAGCAUCAUUUAGAAGCAAGGCUGAGGCCCAUGGGAGGCUUUUCCUCAGAAGACCUCGCUGGACACGCCAGCCGACACACAGACGUCACCCAGGUCCUGGAAGUCCUCGUGGCGGCUGUCAGACGACACACCACCCUCACAAUAGUUCAGGCUGCUUUUUCAAGUAUCAGAUUUGCUUAAAAGUGGGCUUUUUGUGUGUUGUCUUUUGACCCUUCCAAUUUCCAGAUAAACCCUCCUUAAAAAGUGCAUCAUUGGAUUUAUCAUGGUUUUUCAUGGAAAUUUUCUAUGAGUCCCAUCCCCGCCCCCGACACAACACAUACACAAAAGUGCGUCGUAGCUAAAUGCAUGUUUGCUUUGUCUUUACAGCGUGUAAUUACUUGGGAUGCACUUAGCCUCUGAAAGGCUCAUUUGAAACUCAUACUGCAUUCAUUAUGAGUAUUUUACCUUGACAUAAUUAGAAUGUGCAAGGGCCAAGCUGGCUCUCAAAUGAUGUCUAAGCAGAAGUGGGACAAGGAGAGAUCAGAACACCAGGGCGCACACCCCGCAUGUGUGGGGUCCAGUGAGACCCCCCCAUGGGAAGUCAGUAGAAGUCUGUAGCAUUCCCUCCACUUCCAGAGAGGAUGGGCGUCACCAAUAAACACAAAUCUCUCGA